AUGAACCCCCAACGGCCCCAGGAGUCGAGUAGUGCGACAGCAGCAGCAGCAGCAGCAACGACAGAGAAGCCGCAACAACAGCGUCCCACUGGCCCCGUCCGCCCGCGACAGUCCGCCAUCCGGCUGCGAAGGCUCGGCACGUGGAGACAUGGCGGCCAUGGUCCUGGCGAUGGACCCAAGGACAAGGACAAUCCACAGCAGAUCCGGUCCAUGUUGGACGUAGGCGAUGAUGAUCGGGACCGCCAGUCCAUACGGCUGAACAGACUCGGGUCGACGACGCGAGCCGAGCAACCUCGUGGCGAGCCAUCCAAUCCACAGCCCGUGCGCUCCAUGCUGGAUGUGGACGGCCACAAUGGACCGCCCGCGGAAGCCACAGAUUUUCAGGGCGGCCAGGCGCCCGAGAUUGACGCCCAGUCCAAUCCCAACAAGGAGAGGUUAGGUCGAUUCCGAGGGAGGACAUUGCUCGGCCGUCGGCGUAAGCAGGACGGCGGAGAGCAGGUCGCCGUUCUGAACGAGUACGACCCAAACAUUGUUGACAUGCUCGAUGUCUUGGACCCCGAAGUCUCGACGCUGUCUUCCAUAACCAACGUCCAGAACUCUCUCUUCGUGCCCUCCAUGGGAAGGUUCAUCAACCGACAACCGACGUACAACCUCAGUCGUCUGCCCCAGCUUCCCGGCUCGUUCCCGUCACAAACCGAUGUGUCCUCUCAACGCCCAGGUUCCAGGUCAAACAUGAUCCCGGAGGAAGGGGACCAAGGAGACGGUGGACUAAGCCGUGCCACGACGCCUGAUACCGAGGCGGAGCGACCUGGGCGUCCCUCCGUCGAACGCAUACCAAGCACUAUGACGGAGCGCUUCUACGCAGUCCGUCCCCCCAAUACGUCGCUAGCAGACUGGAGCGAUGAGGAUCUAGCAGAACUAAACGACCACGUCCGGCAUAUGCUCCACUCGCGCCGCUCUGCUUUCAGACGCAGCAUGAAGGCCUUUGGUCAAUACGUCCAGAGGCCGCUUGGCUUCUUCGUUACGUUAUACGCGUUCCUAAUCACCGUCUUCGGUCUGGCAUGGGUCUUGUUUCUGAUUGGUUGGAUCUAUGUUGGUGAGAAGCAGCUAUAUACCACCAACGUGAUUGACAACGUCCUGGUGGCUCUGUUUGCUAUUGUUGGUGAUGGAUUGAUCCCUUGGCGCAUUGUUGAUACAUACCACAUGAUCUUCAUUGCCCGCUACUCUCAUCUCACCUGGAAGUUGCGCGAGAAGAUGGCCGUGCCGGACCUGAAGGACAAGAACGACCUCCCAACAGAGCCCGUGGUGUCUGAUCGAGACCAGCAACUUGAUCUCGAGGCGGCCAGGAACUUGCACAUCAAGGAGGAGCUCUCGGUCUUGACCCCACAACAGCAGGCCAAGCUGGAGCACCACCAAACCAAGUUUGCCAAGUCUCACACCUUUUACAAGCCCCACGAAACCGACACGCACUUUGCCUUUCCACAGCGGUUGCUCAUCGCCAUCGUCGUGCUCUUGGAUUGCCAUUCUUGCUUCCAGCUUGCUCUUGGGUUGUGCACCUGGUGCAUCGACUACAGGGUACGUCCUGGAGCGCUCACGGCUACCAUUCUGUGCUGUUCCAUUGCUGUAAACAUCACGGCAGGUGUCCUCAUUUCCAUUGGUGACCGACGGACGCGCAAGAAGGACGUUGUCGAGCGUAGAUUCAGACAGGAGCUCACGCAAGAGGCCAUGCGACGAGUGCAACAGCGAAAGGAGAAGGAGGCCGAAGAAGCGGAGAGGAAACUCCACGAUAUCGAUGAAGAAGAUGGGAAAGGGGCAAGUGGCCUCAAUCUCAUCCUGCCCAAACCCAAGCUCGACUUCCUGCACCGAGACAGUGACGACAGCCGAAAGAAGUCGAGGAGGAGUGCCGACCAUUCCCGAAAGUCCCUUGAUCAGGCAGGACGGUUCGACACCUCUCUUCAAGGACUAGGAGAGCGAAGCAGCAGCGAACCCCGGGUUCCGGGGGCACUUCCUGAUGAGAAACGCAUGUAA